GGGGCCCUCCAGGCGAAGGGAUUCCCGCGGGCGCCUAAAGAUGGAGCAUCUGCAAUUCAGUCUAGCGGGACCGUUGCAACUAAUAGCGCAGAGGAACGAGAGGAGCAGCGGCGAGCUCAGCAGGUUCCUGGCCAAACAGAUCUGGAGUCAUCAGGACCGUCAGGGCAUUCUCACUGCCUUAGCACAGUUAUUGCUAGAUAAAGAAUGCACACUUUUGAUUGGCCGUCAGCUUCGUCCAAUCUUAUUGGAUUUAUUGGAGAGAAAUGCAGAAACAAUUAAAUCUUGUGGCCAGAUCAACCAUGAUCUUCAUGAGAGACUCUGUGUUGCAAUGAGCAAACUUAUUGGUGAUCAUCCAGAUGUGAUGCCAUUUGCUUUGAAAUACUUCAAGGAUACUUCGCCUGUGUUUCACCGACUUUUCCUGGAAAGUUCGGAUACAAGUGUGGUUCGAUAUGGACGGCGCAGAAUGAAGUUAAGGGAUCUCAUGGAGGCAGCCUACAAAUUUCUCCAAAAGGAUCAGUCUGUAUUCAGAGAGUUGUGGGACUGGAGUGUUUGUGUCCCUUUAUUAAGGAGUCAUGAUACUUUGGUUCGAUGGUAUACUGCCAGCUGUCUUGCUUUGGUUACAUGCAUGAAUGAUGAGCAUCGAUUAUCUUUCCUGAAGAAAACUUUUAAUCCAGAAGAGUUAAUACAUUUUAGGCUUAAGCUUGUGGAAGAGUCCCGGGUGCAGAACAUUGAGCAGGCCCUAGUUCUGGCCAAUCCAGACCAAAACUUCUGGAACAAAGGGGAGAAGCUACGGUACACUCAGGGAAAGCUGGUUGCUGCUGACCUUUGUGCAAAGGUGGUAGCAGUGUGUGGAGUUGUCUUACCUAGACAACAGUUUGAGCCUAGAGAAAAUGUAACUGAAAACAUUGUCUCUUCUCUAUUGCAGCAGGGAUACAUCUUGAACCAUUUUGUGUUGGUGAAUUCUGUCUGUGCGCAUCUCCAGAAUCUGGCCAUGGCUGUGUCUUCACAAAAGGCCGUGCUCCUUGAAGGGCCAGUGGGAUGUGGCAAAACAUCUCUGGUGGAGUUCUUGGCAGCACUUACAGGAAGAACAAAUUCGCCUCACAUUCUGAAAGUCCAGUUAGGAGAUCAAACUGACAGUAAGACUUUGCUGGGCAUGUAUCGUUGCACAGAUAUACCAGGACAGUUUGUGUGGCAACCGGGGACCUUGACUCAAGCAGUGAGCAGGGGGCACUGGAUACUUUUAGAAGAUAUUGAUUAUGCUGCCCUUGACGUGAUCUCUGUAUUGAUUCCUCUUCUGGAAAAUGGAGAGUUAUUGAUUCCUGGACGAAAUGACUGUAUAAAAGUAGCCCCUGGAUUCCAUCUUUUUGCUACUAGAAGAGUCUUCAAUUAUGGCGGUGGUUGGUAUAGGCAGCAAAACAGUCAUGCUGCUCUUUUGGACAAGAACUGGACAAAAGUUAUGCUCAACAACUUGCCUAAGACUGAACUGAAAGAGAUUCUUCAGAGAAGUUAUCCUAAACUUGCCACUGUGACAGAUUGUCUGUUGGAUAUCUACAUUGAGCUUACGGGUGAUAAACAUUUAUCUGAAAACCAAGUUGUGGACAAUGAAACUAUGACGGAAGAUGCAUCUUGCUUGACUGAAAAUAAAAAGCCAUGUUUGGAGGGCAGAGAGUUAUCUCUAAGGGAUUUACUCAAUUGGUGCAACAGAAUCGCAUUCAACUUUAACUGUUCUUCCUCCUCUACUGCACUGAACAUUUUUCAUGAGGCAUUAGACUGUUUCACAGCUAUGCUAUCAAAACAAUCCAAUCGACUGAAAAUGGCUGAAAUCAUUGGAAGCAAACUGAACAUUUCCAAGCACAAGGUGGAAUACUACUGUCAACUUUAUAAACCAGAAAUUGUAAUAGGAGAACAAGAAGUCUCCGUGGGAAGAGCUCAGCUCAUUAAGAAGCAGGCACACACACUACUUACGCAACGGAAAAAGCAAAGCUUUGCACCCACACGCCCAUCUUCUGUGUUGAUUGAACAACUUGCAGUAUGUGUGGACAAAGGAGAGUCUGUGUUACUUGUGGGUGAAACGGGAACAGGAAAAACUUCUGCUGUUCAAUACUUGGCUCAAAUUACAGGGCACCGUUUAAAAGUUAUCAACAUGAACCAGCAGAGUGAUACUGCAGAUCUUCUAGGCGGAUAUAAGCCAGUGGAUAACAAGCUGAUUUGGCUGCCCUUGAGAGAGUCUUUCGAGGAGCUUUUUGCACAGACGUUUUCAAGAAAGCAAAAUCAGACUUUUUUAGGGCAUAUCCAAACAUGUUACCGACAAAAUCACUGGCAUAAACUUCUCAAACUGAUGCAACAUGUUUACAAAUCUGCUGUUAAUAAGGAGGUUAAAGAAAAUGCAUCCGGCUUGCCCCUGAAGGAAAAAUGGGAAGAAUUUGGUAUCCGAUUGGAUCAUGCCCAGCAGCAGAUGAAGAUGACAGAAAAUGCACUGGUCUUUGCAUUUGUAGAGGGCACCCUAGCACAAGCUGUGAAGAAAGGAGAAUGGAUUCUACUAGAUGAGAUUAAUUUAGCUACAGCAGAGACUUUAGAAUGUUUAAGUGGUUUACUUGAAGGCUUGUCUGGUUCAUUAGUUUUACUAGACAGAGGAGACACAGAGCCAUUGGUACGUGAUUCCAAUUUUCAUUUAUUUGCUUGUAUGAAUCCGGCUACUGAUGUUGGAAAAAGAAAUCUACCUCCAGGAAUACGAAACAGGUUUACUGAAAUCUACAUAGAAGAAUUACAGAAUGAAGAAGACUUAUAUAUUCUUAUAAUGGAUUAUCUAAAAGGGCUAAAUGUGAGCAAAAAUGUAGUUCAUGGGAUCAUCAACUUCUAUCUGACAGUGAGAAAAGAGUGUGAAUCAAAAUUGAUGGAUGGGACAGGCCGUAAGCCUCAUUAUAGCCUUCGCACCUUGUGUAGAGCUUUGAAGUUUGCAUCGUCCAAUCCAUGCAACAAUAUCCAGCGCUCACUUUAUGAGGGUUUUUGCUUCGGUUUUCUUACUCAGCUUGAUAGAAACUCUUACCCAAUUGUUCAACACCUCAUAUGUCAGCAUAUUUUGUUUGGAAACACAAAAAGUCUAAAGCAGUCCUUACCAGAGCCUAAAGGAGGCAAAAUGAUAAAAGUAGAAGGCUACUGGAUUUCAGCUGGUGAUAACGAACCAACUAUUGAUGAGACUUACAUUCUCACACCUUCAGUCAAACUUAACCUCAAAGAUAUUGUCCGAGUUGUAUCAGCUGGGACAUACCCUGUUCUGAUUCAGGGAGAUACUUCCAUUGGUAAAACCAGCUUAAUCCGUUGGUUGGCUGCUGCAAGUGGAAACCACUGUGUUCGGAUUAAUAAUCACGAGCAUACUGACAUUCAGGAGUAUAUAGGCUGUUAUACAUCAGAUAUAUCUGGAAAGCUGAUAUUUAAAGAAGGUGUCCUCAUUGAUGCAAUGCGAAAGGGAUACUGGAUUAUCUUGGAUGAACUGAACUUGGCGCCUACCGAUGUUUUAGAGGCACUGAACAGAUUGUUGGAUGACAACAGAGAGCUGUUCAUUACGGAGACUCAAGAAACAAUCAGAGCUCAUCCACGAUUCAUGCUGUUUGCAACCCAGAAUCCUCCGGGACUCUAUGGAGGCAGGAAGGUUUUAUCUAGAGCCUUCAGAAAUCGAUUUGUGGAGCUGCAUUUUGAUGAGUUACCCAGUACAGAAUUGGAAAACAUUUUGCACAAAAGAUGCCAGCUUCCACCUUCUUACUGUAGCAAAUUGAUCAAAGUCAUGCUGGAACUACAGUCUUAUCGCAGAGGUUCAUCGGUGUUUGCAGGCAAGCAUGGCUUCAUUACUCUCCGUGACCUGUUUCGCUGGGCAGAAAGGUACCGAUUAACAGAACAGACAGUGAAGGACUAUGAUUGGCUUCAGCAUUUAGCAAAUGAUGGAUUUAUGCUUUUAGCUGGAAGAGUCAGAAAGCAAGAAGAAGUGGAUAUCAUUCAAGCAGUCAUUGAAAAAUAUUUUAAAAGAAAAUUGGAUCCCCAAUAUCUCUUCUCAGAAGAAAGUGUGAAAAAACAGCUAGCUAAAUCACCUGCUGGCCUACCUAGAAUGGAUGAGGAAUUCAGCCACAUUGUAUGGACUCAAGGAAUGAGGAGACUUGCAGUCUUGGCAGGCCGAGCUUUGGAGUUCGGUGAACCCGUACUACUGGUUGGAGAUACAGGGUGUGGCAAAACAACUAUUUGUCAGAUCUUUGCAGCUCUAGCAAAUCAGAAGUUGUAUUCUGUGAAUUGCCACUUGCACAUGGAGACAUCAGACUUCCUGGGAGGACUGCGACCAGUUAGACAGCGAUCAAAGGACAAGGACGAAGUUGACAGCUCUAGGCUAUUUGAAUGGCAUGAUGGAGCCCUUGUUCUAGCAAUGAAAGAGGAUGGCUUUUUUCUCAUGGAUGAGAUUUCAUUAGCAGACGAUUCUGUUCUAGAAAGACUUAAUAGCGUCCUGGAAACUGAAAAGACACUGGUGUUAGCAGAGAAGGCUAGUGAGGACAGCGAAAUAGAGCUGCUGACUGCAGGAAAGAAAUUUCGCAUUUUAGCUACAAUGAAUCCUGGGGGUGACUUUGGGAAGAAAGAGCUAUCACCUGCCCUGCGUAAUAGGUUUACCGAAAUAUGGUGUCCGCAAAGUAAUAGCCGUGAGGAUUUAAUACAGAUUGUCAAGCACAAUCUUUAUCCAGGACUCUGUCUAUCUGCAAAAAAUGAAGGAAUGGAUAUAGCAAAGCUCAUGAUGGAUUUCAUAAAUUGGCUGAGUAAUCAAGAAUUUGGGCCUAAUUGUAUUCUCAGCAUCCGGAAUGUUCUGUCAUGGGUCAAUUUCAUGAAUGUUAUGGCACAAGAUAGACUGCCUGGUGGUUCAGAGGAUCACCAGUUCUUUCGCGUUUCUCCAGUGCUGACUUUUGUCCAUGCUGCAUGUCUCGUAUAUAUUGAUGGCAUUGGCUCAGGCACAAUAUCCUGUUCUUCUGGCUCGACCACUCUGGCACGUGAAAAAUGUCUGGAUUAUUUGUGUAGAAAAAUUUCCAAAAUUGUGCGACUCGGCAAUUAUCAGAAGAAUGAACUGAGAAUGUAUAAUCUGGAAAGAGAAAGGGAAAUGGCUUGGAAGGAGAACUACGUAGGGAUCCAUCCAUUUUAUAUAUCAAGAGGCUCACUCUACCAGAAGAACAAUUUGUUAGACUAUGCUCUAAACGCAGGGACCACUUCAAUGAAUGCACAGCGGUUGUUACGAGCUUUGCAGCUAAGCAAACCUAUUCUCUUGGAAGGGUCUCCAGGGGUCGGGAAGACCAGCUUAGUGGCAGCCUUGGCCAAGGCUUCAGGAAAUCGCCUAAUUCGAAUCAAUCUCUCUGAACAAACAGAUAUAACAGAUUUGUUUGGCACAGACCUGCCUGUUGAAGGAGGCAAAGGUGGGGAAUUUGCCUGGCGUGAUGGACCAUUGCUUGCAGCAUUGAAAGCAGGACACUGGAUUGUAUUAGAUGAACUGAACUUAGCUUCUCAGUCCGUCCUAGAAGGCCUGAAUGCCUGUUUUGACCACCGGGCAGAGAUUUAUGUACCUGAAUUGGGGAUGAGUUUUUAUGUUCAGCACAAGAUGACAAAGAUCUUUGGAUGCCAGAAUCCCUACAGGCAAGGAGGUGGCAGAAAAGGGUUACCUAAGUCAUUUUUGAACAGAUUUACACAGGUUUAUAUAGACCCACUUUCUGCAUCAGACAUGGAAUAUAUUGGGAAUACUCUUUUUCCAGCCAUCGACAAGGAGAUUAUUGCAAAGAUGGUUGAAUUCAACAACAAGAUGGAUCAAGAAAUUACAACUGAGAAGAAGUGGGGCCAUAAAGGUGCACCCUGGGAAUUUAACUUGCGUGACCUUUUCCGAUGGUGUCAGCUAAUGCUUAUAGAUCAGUCACCUGGGAGUUAUGACCCUGGCAAACACAUGUUUUUGAUCUACGGAGAAAGAAUGAGAACAAAAACAGACAGAGAAAUGGUCGUGUCUCUGUUCAAGGACAUUUUUGGACAGAAUUGUAAUCCAUAUACAGGAAGCAGGCAAUUCUAUAUCACACCUUAUGACAUUCAGGUUGGCUACUCAGUCCUCUCCCGUGCCAAUUAUGUCCCCCCUCCAGGCAGAAAUCUGUCUCUUCUCCACCAUUCACUACAGCCCCUGGAAGCCAUCAUAAAAUGUGUACAUAUGAGCUGGAUGGUAAUCUUGGUGGGCCCAGCUGCUGCUGGCAAGACCAGCCUGCUUCAGUUACUGGCAUAUCUAACAGGCCAUCAGUUAAAGAUUAUGCCAAUGAACAGUUCUAUGGAUACUACAGAACUAUUAGGUGGAUUUGAGCAAGUUGAUAUCAUUCGGCCGUGGAAAUUCUUACUGGAAAAGGUGGAGAAUGUUGUCAGCACCCUUCUAAGAGACAGUCUCCUCCUCAAUACCAUGUGCCCGGACGACACUGAAGUUGUCUUGCGUGCCUGGAGCAAUUUCAUCCUUAAUUUCAAACCCAAAUCUCUUGGGGAAGGGAAUCAAAAUAUAACCAUUGAACUAGUGAAUAAAUUGGAAGGAGUGCUUGUGCUAGUCCAGAGACUCAAUACCAAGAUCAACUCAUAUUCAAAGUCAGGAUUUUCAACACUUGUGGAAGAGUUUCGUCACUUCAAGUUGCAAGUAGUUCAAUUUAUGAAUAGCCAUAACCAUGGGACUUUUGAAUGGGUUGAUGGGAUGUUAGUUCAGGCUUUAGAAGCUGGAGACUGGCUUCUAAUGGACAAUGUAAACUUCUGCAGCCCUUCUGUGUUGGACCGCUUGAAUGCUCUGCUUGAACCCGGAGGAGUCCUGACCUUGAACGAAAGAGGAGUGACAGAUGGAGUAACUCCUAGUGUUGUUCCUCAUCCAAAUUUCAGACUUUUUCUUUCAAUGGAUCCCACACAUGGGGAAAUAUCCCGAGCCAUGCGGAAUCGUGGAGUUGAAAUCUAUAUUCCAGGAGAUACUCAUGAAAAUCCACUGGAUCCUCAUGAUGUGAAGCUGCUGUUGCAUGGCCUGGGGCUGUUGGGAAAUGGCAUAUGUGAUACGCUCAUAGCCAUGCACACAGAAGCCAAAGAAACUCUAGCAGGUUCCACCUAUACUCUUUCAACUCUGAUCCACGCUGCAACACUGAUUGUGCAGCGGUUGCACCGAGGACUUGGUUUAGCAAAGAGUUUCUCUAAAGCAUGUUGGGAGGUUUAUGGAUCUACACAACAGUCCCAAAAGGACAAAAAGCUUGUGCUUGAUUUGAUAACGAAGCAUGUUUCAGCAUUGGAGUCAGAUGAAGCAAAGGACACGUCUCUCCUUGCCUUGGGAUUAUGGCCAGAUUCGGCCUGCAGUGCUGUGUUUGCAGCUGAAGAUUCUCUCCUUUCUACCGUUCAUAAUGAUGGGCAAGUCCUGGCCUAUUGCCUGAACAGACUGAACCUGAAAAGCAACAGGUGGGCAAGAAAUGUUCCCCUUAAUAUACGUGACUUUGAGAAAAUUCUGUGGUCUCCAAAUUCAGAUUGUCUCAAAUUUGCUGCAGUAGAGAUGAAUGAGUCCUGGGCGGAUGAUUUAGAGGUUCUUUCUGCAGCUGUUAAGUUAUUCAUAGAGAAAGCCACCAAUCAGGACUGGACACUGAGAGUUGGAUGGCUUAAUCAGAUAAAAAAGAAUUUAGCAGAAGUGCCUGAUUCUGUGCACACUCAACUGGAAGCUGGUGCUGCGUCUCUGAAUAAUUUCUACUUCAGCACUCUCUCAAAUGGAAUUAGCAAUGUAAUAAAGAUGCUGCAGCCAAAUAUGACAGAUGAACAUGUGAUUCCUAUGGAUCCAAGAUGGAACAUGCAGUGUUUGGAUACGAUUAGCAAUUCUGUCGAUUUUGAUACAGAAAUAGAACACUCAGAUCAGCUGCUUAUCCUUCUAAAAUCACUUUCAAAUCGGGCAAUCCUGUUUCUGAACCGGGAGAGAAAGAGUUACGUUGAAAGAAGUUUGAUUAAUACCAAAAGAACCAGAACUAGUGCUUUGAGGGUGUCUGUAGAGUUCUAUAAAGAUCCUGGUAAUCACACCUCAUUUCCACAUGCUGUUGUGGCCCACCUUGCUGCCUUUUUUGAACUUUGGGAUGCUUUCGUACUGCACUGGGUGAAAUCUACACAAGUUGCUGUGUCUGAUGAGAAGUUAUAUGAAAUUCUGCAUAGCUUAUUGUGGCGUGACAGGUUUUGGACAACAUCUGAUAUGGUGACUGUGGAUUCUCCUGGCUUGAUGCUCUUGUCUCUCCACUGGCACUGGGUUGUGAAACAUUUAAUCAGCAGAAUAUCUCAGUUUCUGAGCGGAUAUGAACAGCAAAAAUUGUCCAAGGAAAUUCAGUCUGUGUCGCAGCAAAUACAGUCUUCUCUUGCUAGUCCAGAAGGUAUUUCCACCAGCAUUAAAAAGCUACAGAAGGCCUUGGGAAAACCUCUUCCCUUCAAGGAUAAAGAAAUAUUGGAAACUGCUGUCCAGCUCAGGAGACUCUCCAAAGCUCUUCAUAUCCCAGAGUUGAAGCCUGCCUUUGGAGACGAUCAAUGGCAGAAAGAGAUCUGCAUAUUGAGAACUGUCACUGCAGAGUGGAAGAUAAAAGCAGUGUUACUUCAAGCUCAAGGCCUAGUCUUCCGCGCCAGUUGUUUGAAAGAGUUUUGUUCAGAUGAAUUUCAGACAUUGGUGAAUCUCCAGCAGUCAAAGCUAAAAGAAGGAGGAGCUUUAAUUAGCCUACAGGAAGGGAAGCCUGCUGAAAGUCAGCAACUGGAUCCUGCUCUGUUAACUCAGCUGUGUAACAGAGUACAACUGUGGCCUGCAAUGGAGUAUCUAGCUGUGUUGUGGCAAUACAAGCUGACCUGUGAUUGUAUUGCUGAGGUUUAUUUAAAAAGGAAUAGCAACAGUGAUCAGUUAAGCACCUUUUUAGAAAUAAAGCCCUUUAUUGCUUUUUGCCUUAAGUUGACACCAGCUACCUCUCAACAACUUCAAGGACUUUAUUAUCUACUGGACUGUUGUAAGGUCUCUGCUGAAGAAAUUUCACUCUUGUGGUCAGAACUUGCUGUUGCUGCUUUUCAGGCUUUCUGGAGCAGCACAGUAACUACAGGCCCCGAGCGUUGGCUGUCCUGGCAGCCAUUUUCUGUGGAAGAGAAGAUGCUAUCCAGCUCAUUAUUGAAUUCCUCUACCCAGGGUGUGGGUAUUUUGAAUCGAGCAGUUUUCUCCAAGUGCCUCUCUGAAAUUCUAACCAGUAGCAACAAGUGGAGCCAAUGGGACACAACGGGUCUUCCUCUUCUGUCAGCCUCCAGGGUGACCUUGGGAGAGUGCCUGGAAAAAGCAGAGCAGCUUCAGGAGAUCAGUAAAGUUUUGUGGACCAAUGCAGCUUUUUCUUCAGUGGCUGAAUUUAGGCUUACAGAUUCAAGGUUUCAGCGUGUAAUGUUACACAGGCAACUCCUGGCCCUUAAAGAUUUGAUUCCAGCAGAGAUGCGAGAGGAAUAUCUCCAAAACUGUAACAAGGUUUUUUCAAAGGACUUGGUGGCCCUUCAGUAUAUUUGCAAAGUACUCAAGGAUGUUGGUGCCCAAGAGAUGAUGCCUGAACAGAUCCUUUGUCUCUGGAUUACUUGUGUUCAGCAAUUCUGUGGACAGGAAGUUGGGCUCCAUAACUUGCCUGAAGCAGCUCAACGUGGGAGCCUCUGGGUAAAUCUAGGUCUUCUGCAGAUCUAUCUUUGGCUUCCUCAGACCACGUUUGAUCCUGCGGUGAAAAGAAAAUAUAAACUCAAGUACGCAAUAGAAGAGUUGCAUCAUCUGGAAUGUGAGUGGAAAACACAGAAACUGUCCACUCAGCUACGUACAGGGAAAGAUCUUGAAGAUGAGCCCAUCAACAGUCAUGGUCACCCUCAUAUUAGGUUGCUAUGCCAAAGAAUCCAAAAGCUGAAAGAUCAGAUUGCCAGCCUUGAUCAAAAGCAAGCUUUUCGACCCCAGAUUCCUUUGUUUGAAUCCUUAUAUCAAGAAGUUCAUCAGUAUGUUGGCAGCAUUGCCCAGAUUUCAAAAGUCCAGGAUCUCAUGACUCGCCUUCUGCAGCUGCUCCGUGCAGACAAGUCCCAGGGGGUGCAGAAUGUGCUAAAUGAAGAAGCAGCUUGGCAGAAGUCACACCAUCAGUUCAGGAGACAUUUGGAAGAGACCUACGCCGCCUUCCCCGAUGUAGUCGUUCCUCUGCAAGCGGCCAUUUUGCAGAUGCAGCAUGGCCUGAGGCUGGUAGCUUCUGAAGUCCACAAGGCCACUCUUGACAGUUUUGUCAGUCCAGCCAAACUGGGAAGCCUUGUUGUCUCUCUGCUUUCGUUCCCUUCCAUUGGUAGCACUUUCCCUACAUACCUCUCCCAUGCAGAUACAUUGUGUUCUGUGAGCUCUCUGGACGUCCUCCGUGGCCUGAAGAGGUUAUCUCUGAAAUACAUCGCUGAAGAGUCUGAGAAAGCACAAAAGAUGUGCCUUACCCAGGAGCAGCUGCUGGUGAAUGCUUUGUUAUAUCUCCAGUGCCACGUGUUGUCCAAGGGAGGAGUGGACCAUACGUCUCUGCUGCUUUUUAGGCAUUUGUUUCAGGUAAUUAUAAAUGAAUGGGAUGAGCAAGAGCGCCAAGCCCAAGAGGAAGAGGAACAAAAGAACAGUCUUUAUCGCUAUAAGACCAAGAGCCAUGGAAGUGGCCUGAGUGAGGAGGAGGAGGAAGAGAGAGAGUUCAGAAGGAAAUUCCCUCUUCAUGAAAAGGACUUUGAAGAUAUUACAGCUCAGGAAACUCUUGAGGGGAAAAUGGAAACAGAAGAAGCAGCUUUAGAAGAAGCAGCUCUCCCUGAAAAAACUCUUCUUUCUCAUCACUCAGUGAAAACAGUAAUGAUGGUUCAUCGGCAACUUUGUCUUUCCUUUGCCCAAUCUUUGUGGUAUCAACAAAACACACCACCCAAUCAAACUAAACAUCAGUUGAGCCUGUUUCUUUCCUGUUACCAGACCGGUGUUUCACUGAUCGCUCACUUUUAUCCCUUGAUUGCCUGUUCACGCUUACAAACAGUUGUCAAGUCCCUGCAGGCAUNUGCCAGGAUUGCAAGACUGCAUGAUUGGGAAGAGAACGCUAGCCAAGCUGUGUCUCUGAGGAAACAUCUUGAUCUCAUCACUCAGAUGAUCAUUCAGUGGCGAAAGCUAGAAUUGAAUUGUUGGUCUGCUAGUCUGGAUAAUGUAAUGAAACAGUACACAGAAAAGUCAAUGAAGCACUGGUUUUCCCUCUAUCAGAUGGUUGAAAAACACCAACAAGAACAGUCAGAGAGAAAAACUGAAGAAGUUAAUUUAGCAUCUGUGGUCGAUACACUGAAACUUUUCAUAGAAGGAUCCACAUUGGGGGAAUUUCAUACAAGACUGCAAAUGCUUUUAGAAUUCCACUGCCAUGUCUUGUUGAUGACACAAAAGGAAGAAAAUAAUGUGCUGUGCAAUGUAUUAUGGAAUAUAUAUAAAUAUUAUAAGCAAUUUUCAGAAUCUGUCCAUGCCAAGCUGAUUGAACUGCGACGUCCCAUAGAAAAAGAACUGAAGGAGUUUGUGAAAAUCUCAAGGUGGAAUGAUGUCAGCUUUUGGGCUGUAAAACAAUCUGUAGAAAAGACACACAGGACGCUGUUUAAAUUUAUGAAGAAAUUUGAAGCUGCUCUUGGGGAACCUUGUCAGUCCGCCUUGGUGGAAAUGCCUAAAGAAGAACAACUCAUUACCCUGCAGGAACAAAAAACACCAGAGAAUGUUGAAACUAAUAUUCAGAACCUAAACAAUAUACUGAGGAAACACCUAACUGUAAAAUUAAAUGCUACUCAGGGUCUUCAUUUGGAAAACUUCCAGGAGUGUGCAUUUCAUCCAGAAUCACUUCAAGGACGUUUACCUAAGCUCACAAAGCGAAUGAAGAAGAUAUGUGCAACUCUAGUGAAGGAUAAUUCUAUCUUGGACUUGGUGGAGAAUCUUGACAAUUUCACUGGUGACGUAAUUUCUUCUGCCCACAAGUUACAGAACAUGUCCGUGAAUUCAACUUUAGAAAAGGAAAAACAGAAAUCUGAAGCCAAACACUUACUUCUGCAAAAACAAAGGGCGCUAGCAGAGCUCUUUAAAUACCUUGCAACUACAGGAUUAUCAUAUCGCAAAGGCCUGACUUGGUCUCGUUCCAAAAGUUCCCAAGAUAUGCUUUUCCUUCAUCCAUUGGAUUUAAACAGAGCAUUGGCUUUGGUUAACUGCACACAAAAAUUGGAUGCACCGUUACUCUCUCAAAUCUCUCUGUCCUGGGAUGGAUGCCAGAAAUACUUCUAUCAAUCUCUUGCACAUCACUGUAGGCUUCAGACAGCAUUAUUAGCACCUUCAAAGGAGAUUGGAGUAAGUACUGUUGAGCGAUGUAAAGGAUUCACUGCUCACCUCAUGAAGAUGCUUAUCAAACAGAGGAAGUCUCUCACUGCUUUGACAGAACAGUGGGUUUUCCUGAGGAAUCAGUUAAGCUGUAUACAAGAGAUUGAGGCCAGGCUGUCUCCUGGAAGUGAAUAUGAAGUGGUUUUCCCUCCCCAAGAUGGCGUUCGGCAGUGGACUGACAGAUUGCAGUAUCUUUCCAUGCAGUGUGCAGUGCUUCUAGAACAGCUGUCUUGGUUUAUAGAAUGCUGUCCAGAAGACCAAAGCUUGAACACCUCUAGGACAGAAAUAAAAUCUGAAGGGAUGGAAUUGAAUUCUUCCACUAUUCUAAAGUCACUUCCGGAACUGGAUCCCUCAGAGAUACAAUAUCUCACUCCAAUGAGUCCAGAACAGCUGCCUACUGCAUGCAGGAUGCGGAAGCAGGAUACGAUAUAUCAACAGCUGGCUUCCAAGGUGAAAGAGAUGCUAGUAGAGGUGAAGGCAGUAAAAUCAGAUGUGGACAGAAUAAAGCAGGUGUCUUCCGAGACUCUCUUCCAUUCCUGGAAAAGUUUUGAAGUAUGCUCUUCAGGAGUGGAUUGUUUGCUGAAGGUUUCAACUCAACUGCAGGAUAUUGAGUUGUUAUUUACACCACCUGAUUCUCAAGUCAAUCAAAUUGGAUCACAGAUGGCAUUAAUCAGGAGUCUCAUAUAUAUCCAAGGAGAAAUUAAUAGCAGUGUAGAUGAUUUUGCUAUCUGGAAGACACAACUCUUCAGUUCAAUUUCACACUGUGAAGAUGAGUCAACAUCGGGUGAUGGAUUUGUAGAACUCUUCUCAGAACAAGUAGAACUUGCAAUUCAUGUUGUCUUGAGUUCUGUCCAGUGUUUGGUUGAAAGAAGAAAAGAUAAAGAGGAGAAUGGCAUCUUCCCCAAAGAAGAUGAAUCUUCAGUUGAUGAGCUCCAGACCGGGCAUUUAACUAAACUCUUAGAUGAAGAAAUAUGCUCCGAUGUGAAUUCUUUGCAUAUAAAAAAAAUAAUUUCAGUCAUUUCUGAGCUCCUGGAGCAACUGAAAUCUUACGGCGAGGAUUACACUGCAUACAAAUGCAAGCUUUUUAAUCAGGCCUGCCACUUGCUUAUACGCCUAAUGCCAAUUCUUUGCAAAUAUUCCAAUAUUGUCCUUUUCUACCUCGCGGUUUCCUUGGCCACACAUAGGAGCACUGCAAAAUUGCUUUUUGUCUUGACAAACAUAUUUACAGAAAUUGCACAAAAGGGUUUUUGUUUACCAAAAGAAAUCAUCGAGGAUGGGGGACAAGGAGGAACAGAAUUCCAUGAUUAUGAAGAUGGUGGCAUUGGAGAUGGGGAAGGCAAAAAGGAUGUUAGUGACAAGAUAGAAAAUGAAGACCAGGUAGAAGAUACUUACCAAAAAGGUCAGGAAAAGGAAAAGGAAGAUCCAGAUUCGAAACCAGAUAUUGAAGGAGAGGAUAAUGCAAUUGAAAUGUCUGAAGAUUUUGAAGGGAAAACAUAUGAUGGAGAGCAAGAAAAAGAAGAAGAAGAUGAUGAGUCUGACCAAGGUGAAGACUUGGAUAAACAGAUGGGAAAUCUUGGAGAUGGAGAAGCUGACAAAUUGGACGAGAGGCUUUGGGGAGAUGAUGAUGAGGAGGAGGAGGAAGAGGAAGAAGAAGAUGGCAAAACAGAAACUGGAUCUGGGAUGGAUGAGGGAGAUUCAGAAUUGGUGGCAAAAGAUGACAAUAUAGGAGUUGACAACCAAAAUGAGAAGAAAUCAUCCAAUGAUGAAGAAAAAGAGAAGCAAGCAGAUGAUAGUGAAACUAAAGAGAAAAUCCAUGAACAAAUAGAUGAGGGUGAAUAUGAUGAGAACGAAGUGGAUCCUUACCAUGGAAGGCAAGAAAAACAACCUGAAGCUGAAGCCCUGGAACUUGAUCAUGAACUGAACCUAGGACAUGAAGAGAUGGAUGAGGAAGACAACGAAGAAGAAGAAGGAGAAAAUCCUUUUGAGAUUGAAGAGAAGACGAGAGAUGUAGAUGAAAAGGAAGCAGAAGAUAAAAAUACUGGAGAUAUAGAUGAAGAUAGACAGGAUUCUGAGCAAGUCGAAAAAGAUCCUUCUGAAGAUAAAAAUGAAAAAAAUGAAGAAGAUAAAAAUGAAGAAGGAACGGAGAAUUCUGAUGCAAAUACAGGCGAAGAAGAGGACUCAACAGCAGAAGAGCAAAAAGCUGAAGAGAAAGAGCAGAACAUUUCUACUACUGAUCAAGGCCUUUGUCCUCAGAAAAUUGAUGAAGCUGUUAAUGAUACUGAAAAGGAGGAACAGUUACCUGAGGCUGUGGAAAGAAUGGAACAUGAGGCAUAUGGAGAGGCAGGAGAAGAGAAUCUGCAGAGCGAUACGGCUGUUGAGUUGGUUGGAACCGCAUCUGAGAAGGAUCAGGCAAAAGAGGAACACGGGAGUGGAACAUCUGAUGCAAAUCAGCCAGAAGGACACGAAUCUGAGUUAAUGGCACAUCUGGCUUCACAGAAACAAAGCAGAAAAACCACCCAGAGUUAUAAGAGAAAGCCAGGACAAGCUGACAAUGAGCGCACAACAGGAGAUCAGAGCCAACCUGUCCACAAGCGACUGAGAACUGUUGAGUCUAGCCAGGAAGCAGAGGAAAAACCAGUUCAGCCAGGACAACAGCAGGUGGAAGCUGACACCUUUGAGCAUAUUAAACAAGGCAGUGAAUCCUAUGAUGCCCAGACUUACGAUGUAGCAAGUGAAGAACAACAAAAGCCAAUUUUGCCUCUUAAUGAAGACAAUGAAGAAACGGUUUCUGAAGAUCUGGCUAUGGAAACGGAAGAUCACGCUGCUGAGGAACCCAGAACUUCAGAGGUAGAAAAAAUGAAUCCAGAAGUAAAAAUGUCUGGGGCUUCCAAAUCUGGACCUGACCAGAUAGAGGCAGACGGCCAAGUUCCUAAUUCUGAAGACACUGAAGAAACUGAAGCAAACUCUUUACUGUCCGAAGUAAAGCCGGAGCGAAACAAGCACUCUACUAUCCAUACCGCUCAUCAGUUUUUGAAGGACCCCAAUGUACAGCACAUUUUUAAAAACCCUGAAGAACUGAGGCAAGAACUAGAAAAGCAGCUCGAAGCCUGGAAGAUUAGAAAUCCUUUAGAGGAGGAUGCAGCAGCCGAACAGAUGUGGCAGAGAUACCUUCUGCUCACUGAACCUCUUUCCCAGCAGCUCUGUGAGCAGCUCCGUCUCCUCCUGGAACCCACUCAGGCAGCCAAGCUGAAGGGUGAUUAUAGAACAGGAAAAAGAUUGAACAUGCGCAAAGUAAUUCCAUAUAUCGCCAGCCAGUUCCGAAAAGAUAAAAUCUGGUUACGAAGGACCAAACCCAGCAAACGGCAGUACCAGAUUUGUUUGGCCCUCGAUGAUUCUGCCAGCAUGGUAGACAAUCACUCAAAACAGCUCGCCUAUGAAUCCUUAGCAGUGAUUGGGAAUGCUUUGACACUUUUAGAAGUGGGACAAAUUGCAGUAUGUAGUUUUGGAGAAACAGUUCAGUUGCUACAUCCUUUCCAUGAGCAAUUCAAUGACCGAUCAGGAGCAAGAAUACUACAGCUCUGCAAAUUUGAACAAAAGAAGACUAAGAUAGCUCAGUUUUUAGAAUCAUCAAUAAAUAUGUUUGCUGCAGCACAGCACUUGUCUUCAAACAUCAAUCCAGAAACUGCUCAGUUACUCCUAAUAGUAUCAGAUGGAAGAGGUCUUUUCCUGGAGGGCAAGGAACGUGUCAAAGCAGCUGUUCAGUCUGUACAGAAUGCAAAUAUCUUUGUUAUUUUUGUAAUAUUGGACAACCCUAAUUCACGGGAUUCAAUCUUGGAUAUUAAAGUACCUUUAUUCACACGGCCCGGAGAAUUGCCAGAAAUAAGGUCGUACAUGGAAGAAUUUCCCUUUCCUUUCUACAUAAUUCUCAGAGAUGUGAAUGCCCUGCCAGAGACUCUCAGUGAUGCCCUUAGGCAGUGGUUUGAACUGGUGACUGCUUCAGACAGUUUGUAGAGGGCGCCAAGUCUAAAAAGUUCAUUGAAGUAUAUAAGCUAAUGUUCACAGGGGCCAGAAAUCCAAGACCUCAAACGUGCAUUUUCCCUUCUCAGUGCAGGAGACUAUGCAGUCCAUGAUGAACUCAGACAUCCUCCCUAGUUUCCUUGCCAAUAUUGGGAAACAGUGAAAAAACAUAUAUAUAUUUUUCUUUUUGUUGUACUUUGAGUAACUUAUUCUAGGAUAUAUUUGAUAUCCUCAUCAUUAGGAAAUAGGCAGGCUUGUUGAGUAGUAAGAAGCAAGUUUUGUUUCCAAAAGAGGAAGUGGAACUCGAACUGUUGAACUAUAAUAAAAAAAAUAGUUUGCUUUUAAGUCACCUGCGUGAGUGGACCCUGUAUUGAGGAGAUGGGGGGGUUAAAUUUUACACAGCCAAAAAAUAAUAAUAAUAAUAAUAAUAAUAAUAAUAAUCUCCUUGGAUACUUGAAAUUGCUCAAUAUUGCUGAACGGUUGCUGGUUGUUUGAUAAUGCAAGGAUAUUUUUGUUACAUUAAAGACUGCGUUGUCAUUUUACACUGUGAUGUCUGCCUUCUGUCCAAGGCAAUUACUAGGAUACAUUUGGAAGGGACUUUUUCCUCCCCAACCCGUUUUCAUGGCAAAAACUAUGCAUUGUGAUUUUUAAUAAAGCCAUCCCUUUGUUUGUAA